AUGGGAAGUCCGACUAAAUAUGAAGCCGAGUCCGGGUUGCGAUGGAACCGGGUAGUACCCGCGUUCAAUCUUUUGCGCAACGCGGGAUAUGAAGCUCAGCAACCACAAGCCGACGGCCGCCUGGCUCGAUCGCUUUAUGUAAAUGCCUUGGUUUACCUUCUCGAUGCUUUACCGCCAGAUCUGUCUACCGAGGAGACUUCCAUGCUCGAACAUCACAUCCCAGAGUCGGUCAAAGCAUCACUAGCGCCAUAUCCUCAACCACCGCAAUAUCUCCCUGAUGGGAACAACAAAUACAACUCCCACCCGAGAUCGUAUCUACAUAGACUCCUCGCCUCGACAAUUGUGCAAAUAUUUAUUCUCCUGCGAAUCCUUCUACCAUAUGCAAAGCUGCUUUUGCGCCAGAUAUAUGCAUAUGAGCGGACCCACCGUAUCACUGAGCGCAUUCUAACCACUACGCUGGACACAGCCGAUGGGCUUGGGAAAGGCAGUAUCAACAUCGGCGUGGCGGUUUGCAAACUCAAUGAAGGAAGACGAUAA